UUCCUAAAGACUAACUUCUAGACAAUAUGGGUAGUUCAAUGGGCUUUCUCGGAAAAGAUUUCGAUAUUUGGCCUAGGGGUACCACCGACGCAGAUGAUGAAUAUGGUAAUGGGUUCACUCUACAAACAAUUUACCCAAAAAGCUAUCAACAACUUCGACGAUUUCCACGUUGCUGUUUUAGACAUCUUUAACAACUUCAACUCGGCUUUACCAGGCAGGCACUUCGAUUUCCCAACCCCGGACCAAAUAAAGGUUUGUUUCGCGCGGUGGAAGGAAGCGAAAGACGAAGAAGAGAAGAAAAAAUUGUUCAUUGAGUUCAUGUCAAAGAGCGUGAAGCCAAGUAAACUCGAUGAUGUCACUAUGAUCACCGGAAUAGUAUCUCCACCGGCGGCAAUGGCGGCUAAGAGAGCAGGAGAGAAUGUUCCUCAGUUAAAAUUAAUCAAACUUAUACCUGAUGUUAUAUUCGUCCCUACGGUCACCAUUUUAGCCAUUGUCUCUGCCAAACUCUCUAGACGAAUGUAUUUGAAAUAGUGUUUUAACUAAGCUUUCUUUCUUUUCCAAACAAAAAAAACUUAGCACCG